AAGAGCUGCGCCGUGGUAUCCGCGCCCGUGACGCUGGCUCCUCGCCGGCGGUUGGCCGCCAGCGCCGCCGCGAUCUUCUGCGCGUUGUUGUCCACGCACUCCACCAGCUCCUGCACGCGCUGCAUCUCGUCGGGCACCACGUCGCCGCGCAGCAGCAGCGCGUUCAGCAGCGUCCGGCUGCCGCAUCGGAACGACAUGUCGGCGGAUCUGUUCGCGGACUGGAAGAAGGAGGAGGAGUCCUUCGACUCGCGCGGGGGCGGCAGCGGCGGCUUCGAUGGAGGCGCCGGCAUGUACGAGUCUCCGUACGGCGCCGGCGCCGCCUCCGCCGACACGUACGGCGGCGCGGCCGACACGAGCAGCAACGACGACUUCGACUUCGAGACUGUCGGCGACGACGCGGAGGGCGCCGGCCAGGAGGAGGAGAAGCCCAUGUUCGAGCUGCGCGAGCACGGGCUCAAGGUCUCGCGGCGCAAGGGCUUCACGCUCAGCUGCAUGGGCGUGGGCAACGGCGUGCUGGCCAUGGGCUCGCAGGAGGGCAUGCUGCUGCGCUGCACGACGGAGGCCACCGACAGCUCCGGCACCGUCGAGGAGAUCAUGAUCGAGCCGCGCGUGGCCAUGUCCAACGUGUUCAUCGACCCCACGGGCGCGCACGUGCUCAUCUCGAUGGAGAACGGGUCGAAUUUCUACCUGCACACGGGCAGCACGCGGCCCAAGAAGAUCAUGAAGGCGCAGGCGCUGCAGUUCACGAGCGUGGCGUGGGACCGGCAGUCCGGCACGCCCGAGGCCUCCGAGCCCGUGCUCAUCGGCACGGACUCGGGCGCCGUGUUCGAGGCCGAGUUCGACGGCGGCAAGGAAAAGUCCUUCAAGAAGGUGUACCAGAUCUCCAACCAGGGGCCCAUUGCCGGCAUCGGCUUCGAGCACUGGAAGCUGCCGUCCGGGGACUUGCGGUACUACGUCAUGCUCACCACGUCGGCGUCGGGGAAGAGACCCACGCGCAUGUUCCAGUUCAUUGGCGGCGGGGCUGGAGGCCUGGAGGGGAUGUUCAACGAGUACACGAGUCCGGACAAGUUGAGGUUCCAGGAGCUGCCGGGGGAUGUCACCACGGCGGAGCUGAGGUUUUAUGCUAAGCAGGAGCGGGAGCGCGCCAAGGGCUUCGGAGUGCUCACUGGUGAGGGCGUGUACCAUGGAGAAUUCGUGUUCGGACUGUCGAGUACGAUGGAGAACGUGGCCACGGGAACGGGCUUGUUGGCGUACCCCGGUAAGCCCGAGAAGUCGUCGGGUAGUCGUGGCUCGUGGACGCCGCCCAUUUCCAUGGCGGUGACGCAGUACCACGUCAUUCUGUUGUACGCGCGCCAUGUGCAGGUGGUGUCCAAGUUGAGCGGCGUGGUGGUGAUGGAGGAGACCUUUGACUCGAGAGUGGGUAACGUCCACGGUAUCACGGUGGAUGACACGUUCAACACGGUCUGGAUCCACUCCAACCGCCGCAUCCUGGAGGUUGUGAUCGCUGAUGAGGACCGUGACGUGUGGAAGCUGUUCUUGAGCAAGGCGGUGAUGGGCAAUGGCGACGACCGGGACUUCGAGCAGGCGCUUGGUGUGUGCCGCAAUGGCUGGGAGCGGCAGCGCGUGUUGACGGCGCAGGCGGACAAGCUUUUCGACAGGGGAGAGUACGACCGUGCCGCUGUCAUCUACGCCAAGACGACGCGCUCUUUUGAGGAGGUGGCGCUGAAGUUCUUGGAGAAGGAGACUCGCGACUCCCUCCUGCUUUUCUUGCUGCAGAAACUCAAGAGCUUGGGAGGCGACGAGAAGACGCAGAAAACGGUGCUGUGUUCGUGGAUUGUCGAGCUGUUCUUGGACAAAUUUAACGUACUCAAGGGCAGCGCGCAGGAUGUGGACGCCCACGCGAACUUGCUGUUCGAGUUCAAGCAGUUCCUGCAGGACCAGAAGACCCACCUCGACCCCGCCACGACUUUCAAUUUGAUUUCCAGCCACGGUCGACCAGAUGAGCUUGUCUUUUACGCUACGCUUAUUGAGGACUACGAGAAGGUGAUUACAUACCACGUGGACCGUGGUGAGUAUGGAGCUGCCAUCGAGCUGCUGCGUAGCGUGGAGACGUCGAAGGUCGAGGAGCUCUGGUACAAGUACUCGCCUGAGCUGAUCAUCCACAAGCCAAAGGAGGUGUACGAGGCGUGGCUCGAAGCUGCCACACUGAACCCGACGCGGCUUAUCCCGUCUAUUGUGCGUCAUGUGCACCAAAAGAGCGGCGGGGGCAGCGACCCAGCCAGCAACACGACCAAGAACCGAUCGGUGUUGGAUAUGGCUAUCCGCUUCCUGAAGUUCGCCAUCAAGCAGGGCAACCGGGACCCCACGAUCCACAACUACUUGCUGUUUUUGCUGGCCAAGCACCCCGAUGAGCGCUUGCUGAUCAGUUUCCUGCGCAAGAAGCACAAUGGCAAGCAUUUGUUCGACAUUGCCUUCGCUCUGCGGCUUUGCACGCAGAACGAGAAGAAUCGCGCCUGUAUCUACAUCUACUCGGCCAUGGGGCUGUACCAAGACGCUGUUGAGAAGGCCCUCCAAGUGGAUGUGAAGAUUGCCAAGGAAAUGGCGAGCAUGCCUGAAGAUGACGAGACUCGCAAGAAGCUCUGGACGCUGAUUGCCAAGCAUACUAUUGAUGCCGGUGGUGAGAUCAAGGAUGCCAUGAACAUCCUCAAGGAGAGCGGUCUGCUGAAGAUCGAGGAUAUCCUGCCGUUCUUCCCCGACUUUGUUCUCAUCAACGACUUCAAGAAGGAAAUUUGCGAGUCCCUUGAGGUGUAUAACGACCGCAUUGAGCAGCUCAAGGAAGAGAUGCAAGAUUACACGCAGUCUGCAGAGCUGAUCCGUGCAGACAUGCAGAAGCUGCGCAAGCGUUGCGCAGUGGUGUCGGGCAACCAGCGCUGCGAGCUGACUGGCCAGAACAUUUUGGGCAAGGAGUUCUACCUCUUCCCGUGCUCGCACGCCUUCCACGCGGGCGCGUUGCGUCAAGAGAUGCAGAAGCACCUCAACAGCUUCCAGCGGCAAACGGUGAAGCAGCUUAUCCAGAAACUCAACGAGUUAUCUACAGAGAUGCCCGCGAGCACGAACUUCUUCCAGCGGCCGCUGUCUGCCUUCCCAUUCCUGAACUUGUCCUCGAGUGAGAAGGAGGUGAUGACGCCUGGUGCAGAGGGAGGCAGCGCUGCGGCCACGGCGAAGGCAAAGAAUGCUGCCAAGGAGCAGUCGAUUGCGCAGGAGCGGGAGAUGGUGCAGCAGAAGCUAGACGAGAUCAUCGCAUCCGAGUGUAUUUUCUGUGGCGAGGUCAUGAUCAAGUCUAUUCACACGCCAUUCAUCACACCAGAGGACGAGGAAAAUGAGGGCAGUGAAUGGGCCAUUUAA